CCAUCACAACCAUCACACAAUGGCAAAGCUAAUAGUUCUCGCCUUCACCAUCGCCACCCUCCUAGCCUUCGCUUCUGCCCACAGGACCAUCAUCACCACCACCAUCGAAGACGACACCUUCGACAUCAACACCAGCUCAAGAAAAGAUCAAUGUAUGCAACAUCUCCAGAGCCAACAGCUCCAGCAAUGCCAGAGGUACCUGCAACAGCCGAAUCAGAGCCCGUUCGGACUGCCAAACCCACAGCAGCAGCAAGCCCUCCAACAGUGCUGCCAAGAGCUCCGAAACAUCGACGAACAGUGCGCGUGUAAGGCCGUGAAACAGGCGUUUGGAGAAGUCCAACAACAGCAGCAGCAACAACAACAGCAAGCUGGACCUUUUGGUUCCCAACAGACCCAACAGUUGAAACAAAAGGCUGAAAACCUCCCUAACGUUUGCAACGUCCAAACCAGACAACAAUGCAAUGUUAAAACCGUCAAACAAUGCCGGAAUCAGGUCCAGCAGGCACAACAGUUUAACCGGUGCCAAAAGUACUUGGAACAACAGGCCGGCUCCGGCUACCUGAGGACGGUGGUUUCGUUAGAGAAACAGCCGCAAGAAGUGGAACAGUGCUGUGAAGAGCUUCGAAAUGUGGACGUKGAAUGCCAGUGUGAGGCGAUGAAGGAAGUGUAUAACCAAGCUCAGAGGGAGCAACAACGGCCGCAGAUGGAGCAGUUGGGAAGGAUGGUUCAGAAUCUGAAGAACGAAUGUAACUUAGAAGUGGAACAGUGCCAAGUUCCAUCUUGGAGGUUCUAAGUAAGGUAGGUUGAUGAUGAGAAAUAAUGGUCGAUAGGGAGUAAUUGGUCGCAUCUCUGGUCGAUGUUCAUGGCUUUGAGAUGGGGUUAGUUUCCCAAAAUACUGAUCGAUAAUCCAUGGAUAAAUAAAAUGAGUUUCAAUUCAAAUGA